AUGAGGGGGUUUGGAGGAUCAGAAGUGCUUAGUGGUGAUGAUGAAGAUGACGAAAGGCUGGGGAAGGAACUGGGAAGACUUCGGCAAGAAAACAUGAGACUUACAGGGGAAAUAAUGAUACUGAGGCAGAACAUGAUUGCACUGGAAACGCAGAACUUUGCUAUGAAGGAGCAAAAAAGUCGAACGGUGUUAGACGGCUUGAAAAGGAUGGAAAAGCUAAAGAAGGAGGUUGAUGUUCUUAGGAUCGAAAGCCGAAUAAGAGAAAACCAAUCGAGGGUGUUUAAGAGACAGAAGGCUAAUGCAGGGAUCGAUAUAAAAUGGGCGCUUUCGAAGUCGAACUGUGGGAUAGGCUUCACCCUACUUCCUUUUGAGUUUAACAGACUCAAAUUCCUGAAGGACUUCUUCUAUUCAGACUUCUGCCAACUAGACUCUUCAUCUGUAAUCAGGGAAAUGGGUAAGAGAAUCUCACGAUUCAAAGAGUUUCUGGACUUCUACAUACUGUUCAGCUGCAAAGCAGAGGUGUUCAGGGAAUUUUUCGGCAUGGUUCUCAUGAAUCCAUUGUUUCCCGAAGAAAAGAUGAAGGUGUUCAACACCUUGCCAUUGGACUGGAUACUCAACUUUAACAACGAAGAGGUUAUUUCUCUUGUCAAGGAAUACAUAGACAAGAACUAUAAGCAGAUGGUAUUUUUUUUGCUGAGGGUGGUUGAAGAACGGCCGUUUCUAUUGAACAUUCUUGUUAGCAAGGAGAUGUUCACAGAACUAGCCAAGACGAGUUCAAGGGCUACAAAGAAGCUUACGUCUGAGAUAUGUCGAAAGGGAGGUCUAGGCCUUAUUGAUCACACGAACAUCCAUUAUAUCUCUCAGGAUGACUUAAAGAUUUUGUACAAAGAUUUAUACUUUGAAGUUUAUUUUGAUGUUUGA